AUGAUGAUCAGCAUUAAUAAUGCAGUUAAUAGAUGUAUAUAAAUUGAAGUAUUAUAAGUCUUACUUGGCAUAGAUAUAUUUGGCCAAAGUUUCACAAUAAAUGUAAAUGGAAAACGGAAUUAUACGACUGCUUGUGGGGGCAUAACUUCAUUAUUAGUCAUAGCAAUGGUCAUAAUGAGUUCUUGGACUACAAUUAUUAAUUUUUUUUGGAAAUCCUCAUUAUAAGUAUCCUUUUUAUCCGAAUACAAUUGUGAUUCACCCAUAGUAGAAUUAGAUUCUGAUAAUUUUUUGUUAGCUAUGGGUCUAAAAUAAAUAGACAAUACAGAUUUAGAGUACUUUGAAAUUGAAUUAGAAUAGAGGUAUGAAUAAUUGUCAUUAUGAGGUCAUAUCAUAACAAUACUGAACAGAUUACCUAUAUUGAAUUAGAAAAAUGCACAAAUGAAAGACUACUACAACUUUAAAAAAACUAAGCCAUCAAUUUAACCUAAGUUUUUGCUAAAACACACUUAAAUUCCCUUUUAUGUAUAAAGUAUUUAGUUUAUAAAUAUAUAGAAACAACCAAACUUUGCAUUUUUAAUAAUCAACCUCAGGUAUUUGUUUAAUUUUUAAAAAGAUCGAUUUGAAUUUUUGAGAAUUAAUAUAAAAAAAUGCAGAAAUAUUACAUCCUCAUAGUUAAGAUGUGCAUCUUAAGAUGAAAUAAAUAGUUUUGUGUAAAAGAAUCGAUAAUUUACACUAUAGCUGUAUUUUCUAAAUUAUGUUUAAAAAUAUUCUUAAUUUUAGAUACUGAACCCAUAUAAUUCUGGUGAAAAUUAUGUUUAGUAAUUCUUAGAUGAUUCAGUAACAAUUAGUUUUAUCCCUUAAAAAUUGUUAAGAUCAACAACUUUGUUUUUAAAGAAGCAUAUUUUAAUUAAUGAUGAGAGUGUCUUACCUUAUUAGUAAAUUCAGAAAUAUUAUUAGAUAAAAUGUUGAAUCUGAAAUCAAUAUAAUAUCUUCAGCAGAUAAGAUAGAAAUUGUUGAUCUUGGAAGAGAGGAUGAUGAAGUAUUUGGAUAUGUAGAUAUAAAAUAAGAUUAAUUUACUAUUACAAUAAAAAGAUCAUGUUUAAAACUACAUACUUUGCUUUCAUAGAUUGGAGGGUUAUUAUAAGCUUUAUCUUUGGUUUUAGGGGCUUUGAUCGUUUAAUACAAUAAGUUAUAAAGUAAGUUUAGAUUCAAUAUUCUAGUGUCAUUAGAUUUGGCAAAUCAAAUAUUUUAAUUUGAGAAGAAUGCAGAAGUGAAAAUUGAAUAGAUUAAAUAAUUAAAAGAAAUUAAUAAUGUUAUUGAAUAGUAGAAAGAAUAAUCUAGAAUAGAAAAAUCUCCUUAAAGUUAAAAAUAAAUGUUAAAAUCAUAAAUAGAUUCUACUUAUUCUGGAAGAGAUGUAAAUAAACUAUUUUUUAAUGUAUUGAGAUCUUAAUUUGAAUUUCAAACAUCAUCUGAAAGAAAGAUAUAACUAAAUGCAAGAACUAGAAUAAUUUCAAAGCAAUUUAAUUUUGAAAAGAAUAACACAAAAUGGGUAUAAAAGUUCGGAUAUUAAAGUUCUAAAGAUUAUUUUAGGAAAUCAAUUGUAGGAAUAUUAAAUAGAUAUUCACCAUUAAUAUUAAACUUUAAAUUUUUUAUAAAUUAAAUCACAUUUGGUAAAUUAUUCUAAUGUAAUGAUUCAAAGCUUUUAGAAGAAGCUUUAAAAAAAAUAAAUAUGUUAUCUGACUCAAAAUAUUUGUUUGAAAAAUUAAAUGAAAUAGAUAAGUUAAAAUAAAUAUUACUAAAUAAGGAUUAAUUAAUGAUCUUUAAUUUCACAUCAAAACCAAUAAUAAGUCUCAAAAAGAAACAUAGAAAAACUUCUCAUAAUUCUCUUUAUAAAUAAUAUAAUUAGUACAUUUAAAAUAAACAACACUUAAUUGAUGAUAUCAUUUAUAAUUAUGAAUAAGUCUUAUAAGUUUAUGAAAAAAUAGAAUCAAGUAAAAACUUAUAUCCUGCAAAUUUCUAUCAAACUCAAGUAAUAUGUAGAUUAAUUAAAUAAAUUGAUCCUGAAUUAUUAACUAUAUAUAGAUUGUAGAAGUAUAUUGAAAGUUAAGAAGUGAUUGAAUAAUUAAGUGAAAUUGAAUAAUAACAAAACAGUAUGCACUGUUUGAUAAUAAGUGAUGAAGGAUGA